CACACAGCAAUGUAGAGCCCCAGCAGUCUCACAGUGCAGUGUACAGCUCCUGCAGCCACACAGCACAGUGUAUAGCUCCUGCAGCCACACAGCACAGUGUAUAGCUCCAGCAGCCAUAGCACAGUAUGUAGCACGAGGGUAGCUCCAGCAGGCACACAGCACAGUGUAUGAUGUCUGACAGGCCGCUGUCAGAGACUGAUAUGUGACACACAGGAUACAGCCCUCCCGCCGAUGACACGAAGGAAUUCCAUGCAAACAGGAUCUUCUGACCAGCCCCCUGAAGUUGUUCCUGGGGCUGAAUACCAGCAUAAGCAUGCAAGGAAAUGAAUGAACUAGGCAGAGACUUGCAGAUAACUGGAUCUAGUAGCGGACCAUAAUACAGCUGCUGAAGAGUAGGAAGAUACGUCCGGGUAUGUGCUAACCAAAAGACCUUUCUCUAUCAACACCAGACCCUCCAAGUGCCUUGGUGAAGAUGGGGUUUGGCAAGGACCUUAAAUUCUCACAUGAUGCUUUACUAAAGCUGCAAGACUGGGAGCUGCGUCUUUUGGAAACUGUAAAGAAAUUUAUGGCUUUGAGAAUUAAAAGUGACAAGGAUUAUGCCUCAACCCUACAAAAUCUUUGCAACCAAGUUGAUAAGGAAUGUGCCUCACAGCUAGAUUACAUAAGCACCGUAUCCAAGUCCUGGCUGCAUAUGGUGCAUCAGACUGAACAGUUGAGUAAGAUUAUGAAGACUCAUGCAGAGGAACUAAAUGCAGGACCUCUUCACCGCCUUACAGUCAUGAUCAAAGACAAGCAGCAAGUAAAGAAGACCUACAACAGUAUUCACCAGCAGAUUGAGGCAGAGAUGUGCAAGGUAACAAAAACGGAAUUAGAAAAGUUGAAGUUAAGCUAUAGACAACUAACAAAAGAAGUAAAUUCAGCAAAGGACAAAUUUAAAGAAGCAGUUGCAAAAGGAAAAGAGACUGAAAAAGCCAGGGAGCGGUAUGACAAAGCCACCAUGAAACUUCACAUGCUCCACAACCAAUAUGUUCUCUCACUGAAAGCAGCGCAGCUUCACCAGAAUCAGUACUACGAUUCCACGCUUCCUCUUCUACUAGACUCACUACAGACCAUGCAGGAGGAAAUGAUCAAAGCCCUGAAAGGGAUUUUUGAUGAGUAUUGUCAAAUUACCAGUCUCGUAUCAGAUGAAAUUGUGGCAGUGCACAAAGAAAUCGAGUUGUGUGUUCAGGAAAUAAAUCCAUGUACCGAGUAUGACAACUUUAUUGAGAAAAGCAGGUCACCAGAGUCCAAGAAAGAGGAUAUUGAAUUUGACUUGUCUUUACUGGAGGAAAUAGAGAAUCUGCAGGCGAAUGAGAUCAUGUGGAACAAUCUCACAGCUGACAGUUUAAAUUCAAUGCUAAAAACCGCAUCUGAUGAGCUUGCGCAGACGCAGCAGUCACUAUUAAGCAAAGAGGAAAUCCUGGCUGAAAAAGAGAAAGACAUAGAAGAAUCUGCUAACGCUUGUGAGAAAAAGUCUGAUAUUGUGCUUUUAUUAAGUCGGAAACAGGCGCUUGAAGAGCUGAAGCAAACCAUUCAACACCUCAAAUGUACGGAAGCAAAAUUAUCUGCCCAAAAGGAGCUGCUGGAUCAGAAGGUUCAGGAGAAUGAUGGGAAGGAACCUCCCCCUGUAGUAAAUUAUGAAGAAGAUGCGAGAUCAGUAACUUCUAUGGAUAAAAAAGAAAGGGUGUCAAAAUUAGAUACUUUACGUCAUUCAAUAGCCGGAAUUAUAAGAUCUCCAAAAUCAAUGCUGGGAUCAUCUUCUGUGUUUGAUGUGAUUUCAACCAGUGAGAAACCUUUGUCAGAACAAGACUGGUACCAUGGUGCAAUCCCAAGAGUCGAAGCACAAGAACUGUUGAAACAGCAGGGAGACUUCUUGGUGCGAGAGAGCCAUGGGAAACCGGGUGAAUAUGUCCUUUCUGUGUUUUCAGAUACACAACGGAGGCAUUUUAUCAUUCAGUAUGCUGAUAAUCAAUACAGGUUUGAGGGAACUGGCUUUCCAAAAAUUCCACAGCUCAUAGAACAUCAUUAUACAACAAAACAAGUUAUAACUAAGAAAUCUGGAGUGGUUCUAUUAAAUCCUAUUGUUAAGGAUAAAAAAUGGAUUCUAAAUCAUGAAGAUGUUACACUUGGAGAAUUAUUAGGCAAGGGAAACUUUGGUGAAGUUUACAAGGGAACAUUAAAAGAUAAAACACCAAUUGCAGUGAAAACAUGCAAAGAAGAUCUUCCUCAGGAGCUAAAAAUAAAAUUUUUAUCUGAAGCCAGAAUACUGAAGCAGUAUGACCAUGUCAAUAUUGUAAAACUUAUUGGAGUGUGCACGCAAAGACAGCCAAUUUACAUUGUCAUGGAACUUGUGCCGGGUGGUGAUUUCCUUUCCUUUUUAAGAAAGAAGAAGGAUGAUAUGAAACCUAAACAGCUAGUGAAGUUUUCUUUGGAUGCAGCUUCCGGCAUGGCCUAUCUGGAGUCUAAAAACUGUAUUCACAGGGACCUGGCAGCACGAAACUGCCUAGUAGGUGAAAAUAAUAUCUUGAAAAUCAGCGACUUUGGUAUGUCUCGUCAAGAGGACGAUGGAAUAUAUUCAUCUUCUGGUUUGAAGCAGAUCCCUAUCAAAUGGACAGCCCCAGAAGCUCUCAACUAUGGCCGAUACAGUUCUGAGAGCGAUGUGUGGAGCUUUGGUAUUCUCCUCUGGGAAACCUUCAGCCUCGGGGUGUGCCCUUACCCAGGAAUGACCAAUCAACAAGCUCGGGAACAAGUAGAAAAGGGUUACCGUAUGUCUGUUCCACAGAAGUGUCCAGAGGAAGUGUUUAAAAUAAUGCAACGGUGUUGGGAUUAUAAACCAGAGAAUCGUCCAAAGUUUAGUGAGAUGCAGAAAGAGCUUUCUUCAAUCAAAAAGAAAAUGACAUAGUAUUUAACACACUGAUGGACACUUUUGUAGCAAAGUAGUUCUGUUUGGCAUAUUUGUUAAGCAAACUGCAUUUUUUUAAAUACUGCGAUCAUUUUCAUAUUUUGUGAAGAUGCAUGUGCCUUUUUAUUUUCAUCUUCAUAGGCCCCGCCAAAAAAGUAGAAUAUUAAUUUGUCCACGAACCUGCCAUUAAUAUAAAGCUGUGAUGCACAGAAACUGUACCUAACCGUAAAACAUGCCUGUUUGUAUCCUCCAAGCUCUGUUUAAAUCACACUUAAAGGAAAGCCAUUCAUGUUAUAAUGGUGUUUCCCUAUGUAAACAUAAGUACACAUCAAUAUGUCUCAAUGUCUUUAAACUUGUAACAACUAUUAUUAAUCAGCACAUUGACCUGUAUUUGUGGAUUUAUUUAGGUUAGAUACUUUGUGAAGCUAUAUUUGCUUUUGUUUUUUUACUUUUUAGCUUUAAGACAGCAGAGUGCUUCCUCAUUCAUAGGUAGUGUAAUCACACAGCUGUGGCCAAAUAUCCCUAAAAAUCUUAGUUUCCUUAAGCACUUUUUUUGUUGACUGCAAAGUUUUAGUUUGCCUUAAAGCUCUAGUAUAGACCUGAAGAAAAAGUGUAAUUAAGAAUUGUUACAGAAAUAUAAUUUUUAUUAUAUAAUGCGUAAAAUUAAAUAGUUUUGAACUUUGCAGUUACUGCUCAUGUUAUAAAAAGGAUAAGGUUUAUUAUUAUUAUUAUUAUUAUUAUUAUUAUUUUUUACAAACAUAUUGUUCUGUUAUGGUGAUUUUCCGUAGUUGCUGUAUCUAUAUAUUAAUGGGACCAUGAUAACCAUUCGAUAAGUAUCACAAAUGUUCAUAUAGCAAAGUUCAGUUAUAUCUAAUUAUAUUUAAUUUUACGCAACAUACUAAAAUUUAUCUUAGUGAUAGCUUUGCUGGGCAGACAUUGGCCCAGAUUUAUCAGGCCUUGGGGAGUGAUAAAGUACCAGCCAAUCAGCUCCCUACUGUCAUUUUUCAAACAGCCUGUGACAUGGCAGUUAGGAGCUGGUUGGUUGGUACGUUAUCACCGUGCAAUUUAUCACUCUCCAAGGCUUGAUAAAUCUGGGCCCUUAUUUAAUAAAUAGUCUUUACUGCUAAUGUGGUGCAAAGUUACAUUGUUUAAUUAUAUAUUUUUUUUGCACUCUUUAUUAAAAAUCCUGUUGGGUGUAAAGUAUUUUGCACCAUAUUUUCACUAAAGCAUUUAAUUAAUUUAACAAUGUUAUGCAAAAAUUGUUUUAGGAGUUUGAACAAAAAUGUCUACUUAUUAAUAGUGAGAUCAUUCAGUAUAAUAUUUUUUACAUUAUUUCUAUCAUCCAUAAAAGAGCAGCAACUGACUAAAUUAGAACUUUUUUUCUCAUAAAUUAAACUAAUUGCAUAUGAAGUAGCAGCCAUUGCAUAUGAAGUAGCAGCAAAAGAAAAUUCUAUGAUUAGCUGCAUCAAACACAAUGUACUCUGUAGGACCAGCCUUAUAUGUAACAACCUCAAUUUGCUGUUGCCAUUUGGUACAUACAUUAACUUAAGUCAUGUUUAAAGAUAUUCUGCUAAAUUCCCUUUUUAUACUCAUACUACUAGCUGGGAUACUUACAUCUUUUACACAAAGAGAUGAUGUAGUUUAUAGUAGAUCACUUUCUAUUUGAUUUAGAGAGAGAAGUAGACACUAAUGUAUAGAGAAAACAAUGCUCGUCAUAUCUGCCAAACGUCAACCAAUGUGUUUCUAUGUGGAGUACCAAGGAGGUCCAAAUCAGCAUAAAUGUUUUUUGUUGAGUUUUUUUUGGUGGUGUUGCCUGUUAUGGUUGCUAGUUGCAGUUCUUUAGGUAAAAAGUUAGUGUUAGCCCUUCAUGAAUGUAACACAAAACUAUGUAUGACAGUGUUUUUUUUUUAUAUUCUUAAUGAGGUUAAAUAUAGAAAAGAAAAAAAACACGUGUACAUCCCUGCCUAUAACACAUUCUUCUUGUAGAGGUAAUAAACUGCCCAGUCAUGAUCUUGCAUGUAAAACAAAUACAGUAUAUUGUGUAUACAGCUCAUUCUCCAUUCAACCAGUGUUUUAAUGCAAGAUUGUGAUCAGCUCAAUAUAGGACUAGAACUGUGCAUUAAUUCUAUGAUAAUCUGAAAAAAAAUUACAUUAUAUUUAAGGUAACUGGCAGCAACUAAAUAUAAUAGGAUUUCUGUUCUUCCUUACUCAGCAGAAGCAGAUUCAUCUGUGGCAUUUGUAUCUGGAAUGGAAAUCGGGGGGGGGGGGGCUUAUUAAAUAUAUGGGUGCCAUACUUGAUGCAGAGGAGGAGCUAUGUCAGAUCCUCCCUUGCGUACUCUGCUACUCUCCGGUAUUUUAUUUCUUUCACUGUAGACAUGUUUUCCCACUUGUUCAUGAACUUGAUAACCAGGUCCCUGGAAUGGCAAAGCAGUAGUUUAGUUCCAAGUGUGGUGUCUGUAUAAUAAAAGUGUUUAAUGCUGCUCACAAAGUGUAAAGUCAAACCACGUGGUUCUUAUAUAUGAGAAAAUUUAUUAUAUAAACGUUAUAUUCUCAGUAGCAGCCACCCCGAUUGUAAAUCAGCAUUGCCAUUCAUGCUUGUUGUGAUGUGUGGAGGCAUCCAGCAGUCUUUCGGGGGACAUGUACUAAGCAGUGAUAAAAGUGGAGCAGUUGCCCAUGACAACCAAUCAGCUGCUAUGUAUACUUUUAUAGUAUGCAAAUUAUAAAUAUUGCGUUAAUUGCUGAUUGGUUGCCAUAGGCAACUUCUCCACUUUUAUCACUGCUUAGUACAUCUCCCCCUGAGUCUGCAGAUAAUUUAUCCUUAUAUAAGGCUGUCACGCAUUCUUCCACUUCCCCUCCAGUGAUGCAAUGUAGAGAAGCGCCAUGCCACUUUAUUUUUAUUUUUUUUCUGGUUUUCAAAAGAAUAGACUAGGUUGCGUGCCGGACAAUUUGUAAAUUUUUAUAUAGAAAGAAAAACGUUCAUUUGUGCCAUUUAAAAAAUUUUUACUGUACCAUCUAUUAAAUCUGUAUCAUUCUUAUUCACGUAAUCCUGGAUUAGUAUUAGGGAGUGAUAGACAAAUAUAAUAGUAAAUAGCAAUUAGAACCAGCAGCUAGCAUGUUGGUGUGCAAAAUGUUUUCUGGAUAGGUUUACUUUAAACAUGUAUAUUUAUAAUGGUACAUAUACGUAGCUUGCCUCUUUCUCUCCACAAUACCUCCUAUAUGGCGUGCUUUGUUUUAUCUGAAGCUGCAUCAUUACAGAAGUAUUCUUUGCAUUUUUGUCAACUUGCUAAGCAAAAUAAUUAGAUUGCCCUUAAUAAUACAAUAGGCUUGUUAUAAAGUGUGUAAUAAUAGAACACAAACCUGGAAAAUGUUGAAAUCAUUGUUAAUCUAAAGGCAAAGUAAAAAGGUAUCAGUGCAAUAAAUGUAUAAUGCACAACCGAUUGGAGUUUGGUUUAUCUACAUACCCUUGUAUACUGUACUUUGUAUUGUUAAACUCACCAUUUAGAAAUAAGUGCAUAAAAUGAACUUUGAAUGCUUUUAAUUGUCAGUUUAAUUGCUUAUCUAUAUCUACUUUAUUAGCAUGUGUUUCAUGCGAUCUUUCCCUUUCACUUGCAGUCUUGUAUGAUGUACGCUAUCUUCCAAACGGGAAGCGGUUACAAUGCCGAUAGUCGGGAUCCCGGCGGUCACAAUGCCGACUUCAGAAUCCCGACUCGUGGUGAAAGCCUGCCACCAGAAUACUAGCGCCACAGGCUAUUCUCCCUCUUUGGGUGUCCAAGACAUGCAUAGAGGGAAAAUAUAACCUGUGCUUGCUAGGGGCUUUCGAGCGCUCGGCAUACUGGUGGCCAGGAUGCCGCUGUCUGUAUACUGACGUCCGGCAUGCCGUCCGCCGGGGAUUAAUACCGAACCCCUUCCAAACUGUUAGUCUACUGUAUAUGUAUUUGUAACUUUGCCAUAACUGGAUCUACAAAGUGCCUAGAACAGUUAUAACUUCCGUUAACAUCUUCUUUUUAAACACUAAUAACUGCCCAGAUUAGCACUAUAUAAAGUGACCUCAGACAAAAGAUGAUUGUACCACUAUACUUAUCUCUCAACAUAGUAACAUGUCAGAAGUUGUGUUUUCUUGUACGUUUAUUUGAAAUAAUGCAUUAAUGCCGUUUUUACAUUUUACUUAAACUAAUGGGGCAACUUUGUUUUUGAAAACUUUGGGUUUUUUUUUCUAAACUUCCCAAUGUAACAGCUGACUUGAAUACAGUAUCAGUGCAAAGAUCAUCUACAUUUCGUAUGAUUGAUUCAACAUGGUAAAAAAACAGAUCUGUAAGUAUUUACAGCCCUUUUUACUCUGUUUUUUAGUUGCGCAUCAAGAAAAAAACAAAACCUAAAAUUCCAUGUCUACCUGCCACCACCAUUGCUUCUUGAUUAUCAUUAAAAAUUAGCACUUGACUACUGCCAAACAUAUUAAUUGCUUCGUUAUAUGUCGCUUUACCCCAAAAUAGGAACACCUCUUUAGAGGCAGACUAACAUUUUUUUUAUUAUCAUUUUGUAUUUGUUUACUGUGUAUAUUAGGCGUAGAAUCUACUAAAAAAAAAUCUUGUUAUUGGACUUGACCUAGCUUCUGUGAUGCCUUCUUAUAGAGAUCACCAUUUUGUAGCGUUGCCAUUGUCUGUCUUCUCUACUUCAUUAAACAUUUCUUCUAGAGAAGUGGUUCUCAAACUCGGUCCUCGGGACCCCACACACUGCAUGUUUUGCAGGUAUCCCAGCAAGUGCACAGGUGUAUUAAUUACUCACUGACACAUUUUAAAAGGUCCACGGGUGGAGCUAAUUAUGUCACUUGUAAUUCUGUGAGGAGACCUGCAAAACAUGCACCGUGUGGGGUCCUGAGGACCGAGUUUGAGAACCUGUGUUCUAGAGUGAUAAUCUGCUACAGUGCUAACACUACAGUAACAUAGUUCAGUGACAAGGCUGCUGUGUGCCAUGGAAGAGUAAAGAACCAGAAAUGUGACAAAGUGAUAACAGACAAAAAAGACUAACUUGCUCCUGGGAUGCACAUACAUUCUGGUGGUGAGCAUUGUCAAGAUUUUUGUACAUAUUGAACUGUCCGGUGCAUUCUGGAGUUGCAUGCUAAGACCUUCCUUAUGGUGGUAAUUGUUUGCUAUAAUUUUACUGUAGGACUAUACUAUGUGCGGGUUCAGUAUGAUAUACCUGCAGUAGGGAUGCUGGCUGUCAAUAUACCGACAACAGCAUCACAUCUGCCGGAAUCUCUGCAAGCGAGUGCCCUCGCUGGCUCGAUUCGCUCGCCAUGCUGCGGGCUAUUCGGUUCUAUUCCCACUUGGUUGGUGACGUGGACCACCAACCGAGAGGGUAUACCAGGCUGCGGUAGGGAUUUUGUGUGUCGGGAUUUCACCGGCUGUCGGGAUUCCAUCGUCUGUCUUUUGAACGCUGGGAUCCUGACAGCCGGCAUUUUAACUGCAUCGCCUAUGUGCCAUUUACCCCAUACUUGUCUACUCAAAUAUUCAGAAGACUCACACUGCAGGGGAGGAAUAUGAUGAUGCACCCUCAUGCACUUGUCCCUUGGACCGUCCCUCUGGGUCCCAAAGAAUAGUCAAGUAUACGUUAACCAUUAAAAAUGUACAAUAUUACUAAGCUAGUUUGAAAAAGCCAUUGGCUGGUUUAUGAUUUCCAGCAUGUCACACUUUGCUUAAUGACCCCCAGUGUGCUCAUAUGUCACGGCUUCCAUUGCCCGGCAGUAUCAAGCUACAAGGCCAUGACAUAUCGCCACACAGAUAAUACACACCAUGCUCUUCUAGAACUGAAUGUCUACUAAGUUGGUGUUGUUGGUGCACUUCUUGCAGAGCUAUGACAGAUUAAGAAAUUGCACCGUAAUGCAGCCUUGCUCCAACACAGUAAAAUAAAUUAUUUAGUGGAAAGGGAGGAUUAAGAGAUUAUAUUUCUGAACUGAUACCACUUGGAAUUUCAAGGUCACAAUACCAUAGUUCGUAAUUUACACUUCUGUUUUGUUUGGUCAAUUUCCUUAAUUUGACACUAUCUGUAAGCACAAAAUACUGUUGUCUCCAUGGUGUAAAAUAUUUUAUAUUUGUUUUUUUGUACUUUCACUACAAUACAAAAAUGUAGACGUCUGGAUAUGUUUUUUAUUGUGCAGUUUAUAUCCUGGAAUAAAUGCUUUAAGACAGUAACACAAUAUAGUCAGUUUGAAUAUUGCUUUGCAUGUUUUCCCUUUUUUGCUUUUGCUUUUCUGGGUUUUUAUUAUAUUAUUAUCAUCAUUAUUAGUAUUAUUAUAAAUGGUCUCAGAAUAGUUUCCCAGUUUUUCCCAGAUACCUUUUAAAAAAAAUAAAAAAUCCUGAUCUGUCCAGCCAAAAAUAGAUUUUUAGUAAAUGCACCUGACCUUAAACAGUAGGAAGUAAUGUUAAUCCAGAAAGAUAUAAAUAAUGUAAGUGUAUACAAUCAAUCAUGUCUGUCUUAUCACAAAUUAGUGGCUUUAACUGUUAGAUAUUUAGAGGAGCACAUUAGCUUGAUUAUGCUGUUUAUUUAUAAGCAUUUUUGAAGUUUAAAUAUGGAGAAGACUGAUUCAUUAUGACACAAUUUGAUGCAUCCUCCAAAGUUUUGUAGGUGCUGUUUUACUGUGUGGGAUUUCUUCACAUUACAAUUUAAGAAGAAGCGUGUUUCAGUAUUUGACUUUGCUGAUAUAGCAAGUAUGAUUCUUUGGCAAAAAAUUUAAAAGUAUUAAGGUUUUUUUUUCCCUCCGCUAAUUGUUACCCGUAACAAAAUGGCAUCAUUACCCAGGCUCAAAAAUAAUUCAAGUAUUUGAGUGAAAGAACUUUUCUACCCCACCCUCUGAUAUACUCUGCGUGCCCCUGGCAAUACAGGGCUCAUGUUUUUCACUGUACUUUAAGAAGCUGUGGUAAAUAAAUCCAUAAUGGACACACUACUGGGCAACAUGAGGGAAUUCAUAUACAUUUACAAAAAUAUCCAAUAUUUGUUUCUUGUAGUUCUUGAAAAAAUGAUUCUGUACAAAAAUGAUGGAAUUUUGUUUAUUUAAUCUGUAUUCGCACAAUGGUUUUAUAGCCUGUAAUUCAUUUAUUUUUAAGAAGGAAACAUUUUUUAUCUUUUUUGUUAUUUUGAAUACUAAACAUUUUGUUCAGUACAUUACAAAAACCAUACACAAGAUCACCAAAUAUCACUCUUAUGCAUUUACUGUGAGGCACUACUAAACAAUGUAAUGAGGUGGGUAAGGACAUAAUGUGUAGUGCUCAUCAAGUCUAAAGCUUUAUGGAUUCUUUCCCUUUUAUUUUUAUAAAACAGUCCAUUAACUGACGUAGUGAACAUUGCCUCUUAAAGAUGAAUGAACAUCACAAAAAUUAGACACGAAUAGAGUAUUUUUCCCCAGAAAAUCUUUUAUGUGAGAUGAAUGAUUUCUUCAUUUGAAAAUUCUGUAUCAACUAUUGUGACAAGCAUUCAUUUAAUAAAAUAUGUCUCUUUAUUUACCCUGAGAAAUAAAAUAUUAAGCUCUAAAUUAUGGCAAAUUGUGAAAGCAGUCAAAGGCUCAUCAAACUAAAGUAUUUACUAAACUGAAAAAAAAUAUAUAUAUAAAUUUGCUUCGCUUUUUAGAUGUGUCACAUUUAUUUCGAAAGCCUGCUUAUCUUUUUGAUGAUAUUUUAAGAUUUGACAUGUUUUUUUUUAGCUCAUAGGUCUGCAAACUCGGUCCUCAUUACCCCGCACAGUGCAUGUUUUGUAGGUUACCCAGCACGUGCACAGGUGUAUUAAUUACUCACGGACACAUUUUAAAAGGUCCGCAGGUGGAGUUAAUUAUUUCACUUGUGAUUCUGUGAGGAGACCUGCAAACAUGCACUGUGUGGGGUAAAGAGGUCCGAGUUUGUAGACCUAUGUUUUAGCUUAUACCACCUGUUAUAUAAAGAAGUUACUAAUAUUUAGUAUAUUGGUCUGCUCUUUAACAAUCUUUUUGAAUGUAACUUUUUCAAAAUGAUUCACUCAAGUCUGAAUACUGUGUUUUUAGCUGCGUAGAAUACAUGGCCAGUGUUGCAAAGGUCAGUACUGCAACAGCAGAUGUACAGUGAGUGGGCACAAAGGAUAUAAACAUAAGAGUGUAACAUUUACAAUCUAUUACGGUGCAAAAUGUCCAAAUAUAAUAUUACAUUUGGAAGUACAGUAAAGUGGAGAUAAGAAUUCUACAGAAAUAAUAUACUUAAUGACAUGGAAACUUGGAACGUCUCAUAAAUGGUGUCUUAACCUAACUAAAAUAUCUACUUUAUUCUUUGUAUAGUUGAGCAGCUGAGUGCACACAAGAAAAAAUAUUUUUAAUGUUAUGUCCUAUACUUUACAAAUAUAAUUAUUUUAACUCUAAUUUAGCAAACAUUUUUAUGCCAGGACAUGGGCUCUGGUAAUAGCCUGCCAAAUGAAGAAUUAGAGGCAACAUGUAAGUUACCUCUAUCACCACUUUGGAUUACUGACCAAACCAGCCUAAUGUGUGGCCAUCAGGCUGCUCAUGCAUCAAUGGGGGGUCUACAUAAAGGAAACCAGGUAAAGUCAUAUGUUCUCUUUAGGGACUGAUAAUUUACAUACAGUAUACCUAGAUUAUUUAAUCCCUACUACAGAAACUUCAAACCUUACCUGUAUGUUUUUCUGGAAACCAAAAGAGAUUUGGAGUCUUCCAAAAUUAUUUAACAACAAUUGAAGAAAUGUUUGUAAUUUGAUCAUUAGAAUGACUUAAAUAGAAGUAACAAUAACUAGAUGAAAUUAAUAUUCAGACACAUUUUCUCAUUUACCUCGAGGAUCAAUUUGUAGCCAGUCUGUGCAAGACAAAAUGAACAUUACUAUACGAAACCAGAUGUAACAGUACAUACACAGAUACAGUAAUAAAAUGUGGCGCACAACUUUGUAUGAAAUUAGGCUUUUGCACUUCACAUUUUAACUAGAUAUUUUGCUGCUUUAUGACAAUAAAUGUACAGUAUGUAUCCUUUUUAGGUCUGAGAGUCAUGUUGGUAGGGCAACAAACAUGGUUUUUGAGGCUUUUAAAAAAAAAAAAAAUUACUAUGGGCUGGGUUUGUGUCACCAUACCAACACCGGGGUCCUGUCAGGUGGCUGGGGGGAGGGGGGAACGAGCGCAAUGAAUCCCUUUAAGGGCUCGCUGCGCUCACCACAGAGUGGGCUCUGUUCGCUGCGCUCCCCACAGGUUUUAUUAAACAAUAUAGGGAAUAGUCCCUGUUGGUUGGCCUGGUUGGUCGGUAUGCUGACCGACGGGAUAAUGAGGGUUUGGGAUCCUGGCGUCCGUAUUGUGACCGCUGGUCACAUAACCGCAUUCCGUUACUUUAAAUAAUUUUGGAAGUAAUUGCAAGAUAUAUUGUUGUACAAUAAAUAAAAGUAAAUACAAAACGGUAUAAAAUCUUGUCAUGAUUAUAGAAAACAUAUAGGACUUGCUCCUUUCAUAACACAUUGAUUAAUAUGGAAGCCUCAAUGACCUAAAAAAUACAUAAUAUGGUGCUGUUAUUAUAUAUCUAAAAUUAAGGAAUAAAAUCAGCAAGGAUAAUCACUUACCUCAUAACAUCCCAAGCUACUAUAAGGUGUUGAAUUGUAGAAUGCAAAAAAGUUAGCAUGAAAUGUCAUAACAUUUUUUUGUUUGGUCCUGAAUAAUUCACCAUCCAAUACAGCCCUGAGGUGAAAUACCAAAAGGUGCAUUCUUUUAAAAUAUCUUUUAUUAUAUUUCUCUCUAGAAUGUUAAAUAUCAAAUAGAUUUGAAAUUAAAUUAACAUAAAAUUCACUUUGCAUCACAGGGCUGCACAUAAUAUUAUGUCAAUAAAUGUUGGGGGCAUAGCAUUUUUUCCUGUGUAGUUUUUUGUUUUCCUGUUUAUUGUACACACAGUUUCUUAAAUUAUAAUAUCUUGAUUUCCAAAAUAUAUACAGUAUAUAGAACUUUUUUGGUGCCAAAAUUAGAACUGCCUUUUAUAUGUGUUUAAAGAGCACCUUUUUAUACCUUGUUUGUGUUGUUUUCUAGAAUUCUUUAUGAAUUUGUUAAAUAUAAUAUAUUUUAAGCCAGAUACAUGCUAUUACACUGGAAAUAGGUGCUUCUUCCAGAUAUCAUGUGACAAAACACCAUUAAAUAAUAUAUAAAUGUAAAUGAAUUCAGCUGCCAGCAUAAACAGCAUGAAGCAGCAAGUACAGGUUUUUCUACAGCUUAGACUUAAAUCUGCAUUUUAACUGUUUAUUUUAUUUGCAUAAAAUAGUUUUUACAGUAUAAUGCUUAUACUAACAUGUAUCUUUAUAUUGUGUGUGGUUUUAUUCCUCCCCCUUUGGUGAAAGUGUUUUAUAGAUACACCUGUUUUGUUAAAAUGGACCACUAAAUGUGUCUACAAUUCUCAUGUUGUAUUCAAAUAAAUGUCUCCUAUUUCUAUCGUU